CCACUGCUUUAACCCAUGCCAUGUGAAGGCAGACUUGCUGUUGAGUGCUGUUUAAGAGUGACCAAUCAGACGGUUCGUCCAUUCUCGUUCUGUCCAAUCAGAAGAAAGGAGGGCGGUUCUAACAGUAAUCCUCACUGGUGUGUUCAUCACAACAAACACCGACUUUAUAACGAAUGGCAAAUACGUCCGGAUAAAACCCACUCACAGACAGACAGGACAGCAGCCAUGGGCAAGGCCCAGUCACACCUGGCCAAAUACUUGGAUGAGAGUCAAGACUCGGAGGAGGACGGGAAGAACGGAGACGUUUCUCAGUUCCCUUAUGUGGAAUUCACCGGACGGGACAGUGUGACCUGUCCCACCUGCCAGGGCACCGGCAGAAUUCCCCGAGGUCAGGAGAACCAGCUUGUGGCUCUGAUUCCAUACAGCGACCAAAGGCUGAGGCCAAGCAGGACAAAGCUGUACGUCACCAUAUCAGUGGCUCUUUGCCUGCUGCUGUCUGGUCUGGCAGUUUUCUUCCUGUUCCCUCGCUCCAUUGAUGUCACCUAUGUGGGAGUGAAGUCUGCCUACGUCUCCUACGACCAGGAGAAGCGAAUUGUCUAUCUCACCAUUACAAACACUCUGAACAUCACCAACAACAACUACUACGCCAUAUCGGUGACGAACAUCACAGCACAAGUGCAGUUCUCCAAGACGGUGAUAGGCAAGGCCAAGUUCAACAACACCACGGUGAUCAUACCGCUGGAUGAACGACAGCUCGACUACACGGUUCCCACCACCAUCGCUGAUGAGAUGAGUUACAUGUUUGACUACUGCACUUUGCCAACAAUCAAAGUUCACAACAUAGUGGUCAUGAUGCAGGUGACGGUGACGACGUCGUACUUUGGUCACACGGAGCAGGUCUCUCAAGAAAUGUACCAGUAUGUGGACUGUGGGGGGAACACCACCUUCCUGCACGGUCAUGUGCAGGUCUACCAAUAAGCAACAAGGUCCACCUGGAAACAAUAAUGUGUCCAUUCUUUAAGUUUCAACCACUUUAUUCAUUGUCUAACCUUUCACAGUGAGCGUUACAGAACUCGCCUUCAGGUUUGGAGGUUUUCCAGCCGGACUGCAGACAGAUAAAUGUUUAUUAAAGUGUCCUAACAUAUCACUACUCUGAGAUAAUGGUAGCAGAAAGCAAUAGUUCUGAUGCACUUUAAGUCUGAUACAACACAUAAACAGGAAAGUUCUCAUUUUAAUGGCUCCAAAUGUGAGACGGAAACAAUAUUUGACUAAAUAAAUAAAUAAAGCUAAGUUAUUUUCAUACAACUUUUUAUUUUAAUGUCAUCUCUGAUGUAGUUUAAUACACCUAACUGGUCUCAUGUUUUUGUUUUCCUCUUACUUCAUAUUCAGCAAUAUUAAUUCAAAGCUAAUGUGUGUAGGGUUUUUUUUUUAAAGCACGUUUUAUUAAAUAGUUAAAAAAAAUCACAAUGGAAAAGGGAAAAUAAUUUCAUUACUUUUUGCAAAAAACAACAAAUGUGAAAAUUUAAAUGUAAAACUGUUUCUUGCUCGCUUUAAAAUCUCAUCUGAUUUUGGUUCGAUUUUUGGAGCGUCUUUAUUCUCGUUAAUUUUUUCCCCGUUUUGUAGGAUGUGGUGUGAUUUGAAACAAUAUUUAUUUUAAAUCCUCUCAAACUUUAAACAAUAUCAUGAUUUAACUUCCGGUAAGUUUAGACCUUAUUUUCUUACUUUGUUCAAUCUGAAAUCUAUUA